UACAUUGGUACUGCAGUUGAAUUCACCAGCUAAUAUCCAGUGCAAUCGAUACGUGCGGUAGUUGACUGUAUUUAGAGAAAUUAUUAUAUAUUUAGAAGGAGGUUCUUUAAAUAAUCUAAAUUGUUUAAACACCAUAAAAGUUCUUUAAUUGCUUAUUUUUAAAAUUCUGCUGUAUAAUUUGUUUUGAUAAAAGUGUUUAAUCGCAACUAAGCAAACAUUAAAACAUAUUCGCCGAGAUAAUAUAAUACCACACAAACGAUAAUUGUCACAGAGGCAAAUGAGUUUAAGAGCACCAACUACUAUCACACGCGACUAAUAUAACCGAAAACCUACUGAAAAUAGAGGAAAUUUGGUUUGUUUGUGUUUAAUUUAAUAAAAAUAUUUGGAUAACCUACCACAUGGCACCUAGUGUGUACAUAUGUAUGUAUGAAAGACUUUAAUGCCGAAGUAUAGCAACUCAUUUCGGAACCGAUUUCGACUGAGUGGUGCUCUAACUGUGGAGUCACAAACACAUCCACCGACGCCGGUGUGCUACCAUUCAGUGAGGUUUUCGCGCCAAACCUAUUUGAAAUUAUAAUUUCUUUGCAAAUUGUAGUGAAUGUAGUAUUUAAUGGGCUUCGAUUAAAUCAGACGCAAAACGGCCGUCUACACGCGUUCAAGUGUAAGUUGUGGUUUGCUGAAAGCGAAAGUAAAAUAAAUUACAGACGAGUACAUUGGCGAAUUUAACGAACAGUGGGAAAAAUUUGCUUUGAGAAGGUGAAAAUGAAGGCCAGUACAUUGGACAAAAUCUGCGCCUUUCUCGGCGAACUCAUUGGCACUGGGUUGCUGGUCUUCCUCGGAUGUAUGGGCUGUAUAAAAAAUAACACAUAUGAAAAUACUCACUUCCAGGCGACGUUCAAUUUCGGUUUGGUUGUUUUGGUUAUUAUUCAAUGUUUCGGCUGCGUCUCUGGUGCACAUUUAAAUCCGGCUGUGACCCUAGCUGCCUACAUUUAUAAUAUGGUGUCGCUAACGAUGGCUGGUGUUUAUUUUGUGGGGCAGAUGUUGGGUGGCUUCAUUGGUUAUGGUUUAUUGAAGGCACUCAUCCCAAGCAAUGCCGUAUCGUUCGGUGGUGCUCAUAAUCUUUGCGUCACCACUGUUAAUACGGAAAUUGCGUCAUGGCAAGGAUGUGCAAUUGAAUUUAUAAUCACUGGUGUGCUAAUUUUGACUUGCUGUGGCGUAUGGGAUCCACGAAACUCCAAAUUUCAUGACUCUGUUGCAAUUCGUUUUGGUUUAGCCAUCUCAUGUUUGGCUAUCACAGCGGGUCAAUUCACUGGUGCCAGUAUGAAUCCAGCUAGGUCCUUUGCACCAGCAUUGUGGAACUCGGAUUUCGAAGAUCAUUGGAUAUACUGGGUUGGUCCACUGGGAGGUUCUGCGGUGUGUGCCAUUGUCUAUAAGACGAUUUUCAGACGCGAAGUCUCUGAAGAUAAAGUGAACAACAAAUUGCGUGCAAUGGAAGAAGUGCCACUCUCGUAAGCCAAACAUAUCUGUCGAAAUACCAAAGAGCGAGUAAAACAAGCAAAUCGACAUUCUUACGGAUGCUGCAGAAUAAAGCGAACUUCUGGAGUAAUUAAUAUUUUAUUUUUAAUAAAGUUUUAUACUUAAGAAGAGCAUUUAUAAAGUCUACAAAGCAGACAAAUUUAUUUUUUAAAUACCUGUAAAACCAAACCACAUGUGCUAAAGAUUUUGCCGUUUAUUGUAAAUAAAAUAAAUUUAGUCCAAAAUUUUA